AGAGAUUACGGGGUCUGUUUUCUUCUUCCACGGCAAGAAUGGCCUCCACUUGCAUCUUCUCCUGCCUGUGUCUGACACUCUUUUUCAGCCAUUGCACUCCUUUCUCCGUUCAACAGCACCCAAGGGAAGAUGCCUUUGAUGCUGAUGCUGGUGAACUAAGGAAAGAUAUUCCAGAAAUAAAUUUAGCUGCUGGACUGGACCUCUUCCAGGGGGAUAUCUUACUGCCUAAUGAACGUAAUGCCCUGAGAAAUGAGAGCUAUCGAUGGAAGUUCCCCAUUCCCUACAUUCUGGCUGAUGACCUGAACCUAAAUGCCAAAGGAGUCAUUCUUGAAGCUUUUGAAAUGUUUCGCCUAAAGUCUUGUGUGGAUUUCAAACCGUACAAAGGAGAGAGAACCUACAUACUCUUCCAGCAAGGCAGUGGGUGCUGGUCAAUGGUUGGAGACCUUCAGACUGGGCAAAACUUGUCCAUUGGGUUGGGGUGUGACUAUAAAGCUAUUGUGGAGCAUGAGAUCCUACAUGCUUUGGGAUUUUACCACGAGCAGUCAAGGACAGACCGGGAUGAUUAUGUGAAUAUCUGGUGGAAUGAAGUUACUGCAGGCUAUGAACACAACUUUGUGAAAUACAAUGACCAGUUUAUCACUGACCUAAACACUCCUUACGAUUAUGAAUCUGUGAUGCACUAUGCGCCAUUUUCAUUUAACAAAAAUGAGAGCUUCCCCACAAUCACUGCAAAGAUACCAGUAUUUGAUGACAUUAUUGGACAGCGGCUGGAUUUCAGUGCCCUUGACAUCGAAAGACUCAAUCGCAUGUAUAACUGCACUUCAACUCACACCCUUUUGGACCAAUGUGCUUUUGAGCAUGCCAAUAUCUGUGGAAUGGUUCAAGGCACCAGAGAUGAUGCAGACUGGGUCCAUCAGAAGAGCAGCCUUGUAGAACAAGGAGACUACACGCUUGCUGGACGCUGUAAAGAUGCCGGCUAUGUCAUGUACUUUGACACCAGGUCUGGAAGAGUGGAAAAUGCGGCUAUCCUAGAAUCCCGGAUCCUUUACCCAAAGAGAGCUCAGCAAUGUCUCCAGUUCUUCUAUAAGAUGACAGGAAGCCUCUUGGACAAGCUUAUCAUCUGGGUUAAGCAGGAUGAUGGCACUGGGAAUGUCCGCCAGUUGAGUAAAGUCAAAACGUUCCAAGGAGAUGCUGAUCUUAACUGGAAAAUUGCACAUGUGACCCUCAGUGUCCAAAAGAAGUUCAGAUAUCUCUUCCAAGGAUUAAGUGGCAAUCCCAACAUCUCAUCCGGUGGAAUUUCCAUUGAUGAUGUCACCCUAACAGAGACCCCAUGCCCCAGUGCUGUAUGGGUGAUUCGGAAUUUCACUCAGAUCCUCCGCACUACGACCAAAAAUGAUGUUAUGCGUAGUCCCCGGUUUUAUAGCUCUGAGGGCUAUGGUUAUGGCAUAUCUUUGUUUCCUCACGGUCUGAUUAAUUCCACUUAUGAGAACUACAGUCGCAUUUCUUUCCACUUGUGCAGUGGAGAUAACGACGCUGUUCUGGAAUGGCCAGCUGAAAACAGACAGGCCAUUUUAACAGUGAUAGACCAGGACCCUGACAUCAGGAAAAGGAUGUCUGCAAGCAGGAGCUUCACGACAGACAAAACCCAAGUCCUUCUAGAUAAAAAUGACACUUCAAUAUGGGAUAAACCAUCUCUUGUUGGAAAAUAUGAUGAUUCGUGCAAAUGUUUUAGAAGCUUAGACUGGGGCUGGAGCACCUUCAUCUCUCAUAAACAGCUGACACAGAGGAGUUUCCUGAAACAUGACAACCUCAUCAUUUUUGCAGAAUUUCACGAUUUAACUCAUCUCAACAAGACUGAGGUCCCUAUUCAAUCUCCACAGCCUGCCUCUGAUGUUCUUGUGCUUGAAAGACAGAAGAGAUCAGCCCAGAACAGUGGCCCCAUGAGAGACUGGUCUUCCUCCAUAACAGACCCGUGUGACCCGAAUCCUUGCCAAAACGAUGGAGUCUGUGUGAAUGUAAAAGGGAAAGCAAGCUGCAGGUGUCCAUCUGGCCAAGCCUUCUUCUAUGCAGGUGAGAGAUGCCAGACAGCACAGGUCCAUGGGAAUAUCAUUGGAAUGAUGAUUGGUGGAGCUGCUGGGACUAUAGUGCUAACAAUUGUCAUCAUCUCCAUGAUUGCUAGAAAGUAGAAGCUGUGGCUGAAUAACUGUAAGCCUGGCACUCUUCCAGAGCUGAAAACAUUUUGGUGUGGUGAACGAAAUGACAGAAAUAAAGUCUGUAAAAGCCA